AUGGCCCCAACUAGGCAGAAGCAAAAGCCGACGCCCACUCGGCAGGCCAUCACGCUCAAAGGUUCGACUGCCUUGGUGACCGAGUUUUUCAAGUUCGCGGCGAACACUAUCCUGUUCCAGCGCGGGGUCUAUCCCGCGGACGACUUUCAUAUGGUCAAGAAAUACGGCCAGACGGUGCUCGUAACGCAAGACCUCGCACUAGAGAACUAUCUUGAGAAGAUUCUUAAGCAAGUGAACGAAUGGCUUCUCACCGGGGCAAUUACGCAGCUGGUGCUUGCGAUCAUAUCCAAGGACUCACGCACACCGCUCGAGCGUUGGGUGUUCGACAUCAAUCUGGUCGAGCUACCGGCGGAAGGCACGGAGGGCGGCGCGGUGACCUCGAAGCCAGAGAGCGAAAUCCAGGCAGAGAUCCGCAACAUCCUGAAACAGAUUGUGUCGACGGUGACGUUCUUGCCGGUGAUCGACGAGCCGACGGUGUUCAAUAUCCUGGCGUACACGAAAGAGUCGGCGGACGUGCCUGCGGACGAGUGGGUGGAUACGGACCCGCUCGCAAUCGAGGCGUCCAAGAGCCAGCAGGUGAAGCUCCGAAGCUUCAGCACAGACGUGCAUCGGAUCGAGGCCAUGGUCGCGUAUCGAUAUGAGGGGUAG